AUGCCGUGCACAGAAUUUGCGCUUCUCCCCCUCACAGCCCCGCUUUCUCCGCGCCUGAUCCCCAAACUCCGCACUUGCAAACAUGUGCUAGAGAGAGCGUCGGGAUACCCUUGUCAUUUCUAUCAACAGGUGGAAAAUCCUUCGUAUAUAUAUAUUGUCGGGACGUGGGAAAGUCCGGGACAUCAUGAGAGAUUCCUGCCUAGUGUGGAAAAUUUGGGACUUUUUGAUUUGUUGAGGGGGGAGGUGGUGCUGGGGGUGGGGAUUGGAGAGACGGUGGAGGGGAGGGGGAUUAGGAUGUGGCAUUGUGAGUGUGGGUUCUUUUAUUGUUUUACUACUCUUGUGUCUUCAUUUUUGGGGGUGGAAGGCGAUGCGCUCAGUUCCCUCCGAACAGGAAUAGAUGAAGGAAUCGGAGAAGAAGACGCAAAGAAAAAAUCUCCCUUCAGUGCGCCCAUUAUAUCAUGUAAUAGACAUUACGUAUCAUCCCACAACAGGGAAGGAUUUAGUGAGAAGUUUGACGAGGUAAAACAUGCGUUAGAGAACGAAACGAAAGAGUAUGAGAUCGAGGGCGGGUGGAGGAUAGAAAAGGAGGCGGAGGAUAAGGAGGAAUGGGUUAUGUUUUGUGGGUGGGAGAGUGUGGAGAAACACAUGGCUUUUAGUAAGAAGGAGAGCUUUAAAGAGUGGAGAGGGAUUGUGGAUUGGGUGGAGGGGUUUGAGAUACUUUUCGUACCAUAUGAAGAAUCACACGUGAUUACAUAUCAUGAGUGGAUGAAAGAUGAGGAAAUCCAACAAGCAACCGCCUCUGAGCCCCUGAGUCUCGAGGAAGAAUAUGAUAUGCAGAGGAGUUGGAGGACAGAUCAUGAUAAAUUGACAUUUAUUAUUUGUUUACCUGAAGAAAGGAAUGCAUCGCAAGAGAUUAGGAAAGGAGUAUCAGAUGCACCUGCAAAGAUGAUAGGGGAUGUCAAUUUGUUCAUAUCGGAAGCAGACGAGGAUGAAGAAGGAUGCAUAGGAGAAAUUGAAAUUAUGAUUGCGGAACGCAGCGCAAGAGGUAAGGGAUUGGGAAGAUCGGCGGUUGUUACUUUCCUUGAAUAUUUAAGAAGCAAUCUGGAGAACAUUUUGGAGGAGUAUAGGAAGGGUAUUCAGGGAAGGAGGGAAGAGGGGAAAAUGAAGUUGCUGCAGUUGAGGGUUAAGAUUGGAGGAAAGAAUGUAGCGAGUAUUGGACUUUUUGAAAGCGUGGGGUUUGUAAGGGUUGGGGAGGGGGAAAACUAUUUUGGUGAGGUAGAAUUGGUUUUCGAGGGAUGGUGUGGGGAGGAAAGGGUGAAGGGCUUGAUGGAAAGGUUUGGGGUGAAGGAGUAUCGGGAGUGUGGUUAUAGUUGA